ACUCGUACUGCUUGAGUCACGUCUUAUGCCGGUAGAUUUAACGAGCCUUUCCGUUCCCACUCCCUGUUCCAACUCUUUCCUUUUAUUCCAUUGACGCACAGCGCUUUCUGUGAGCCAAAUUCAUCAGUUUCUGAUACUUCCCUUUCCUUUUCGAGCACUAGUAUUCGAUAACGAACUGCUGGUUUUGACCCCAAAAAAAAAAAGAAAUGAACUGCUAAGUGAGUGGUGACUGAGAAUUGCUCAAAGAUUUCCCGUCUCUUGCAAGACAGAAAAGAGCAACGGCUCCAGAGAUUGGAAUUCUUUGUGUGUAAUAAAUACUCCGUAAGAGUAGAUAAGAGGAAGAGGGGAAAGAGAGGAAGAUGGCUGGGCAGGGGUCUUCUUGGAAUUCAACUCCACUGCAAGUGUUGCAUGCUCUUCUGGGAUGGAUUGCGUUUGCAUCGUGGUCUAUCAGCUUCUAUCCCCAAGUCAUCUUGAACUUCCGGCGUAAAAGCGUUGUGGGCUUGAAUUUUGAUUUCGUGCUGUUGAAUCUCACCAAGCACUCUUCCUAUCUCAUCUACAACGCUUCCCUCUUCUUCAGUUCUGCUGUUCAACGCCAGUACCAUCAAAAAUUUGGCUUUGAUCAGAUGAUUCCAGUGGCUGCCAAUGACGUAGCCUUCUCAGCCCAUGCGGUUCUGCUAACUGUGUUUACCUUGUUCCAGAUUGCAAUCUACGAGCGUGGACAUCAAAAGGUUUCUAAAACUGCAACCGCGAUUGUCGCAGCAGCUUGGUUAGCUGCUGCAGUCUGUGUUUUUGUAGCAGUUCCCCACAAGAAGUGGCUUUGGCUGGUGUCGUGCUUCAACACAGUCCAAGUUGUCAUGACAGUCAUCAAAUACAUUCCUCAGGCUGUUAUGAAUUUCAAAAGGAAGAGCACCAUUGGAUGGAGCAUUGGCAACAUUUUGCUUGAUUUGCUUGGUGGUGUGACCAACUAUGCACAAAUGGCCGUGCAAUCCAUUGAUCAGAAAUCCUGGGUGAAUUUCUGCGGAAACAUAGGCAAGACUCUGCUGUCCUUGGUGUCCAUUUUCUUUGACAUUCUCUUCAUCCUGCAACACUACGUGCUCUACCCAUCCAAGCAGAAGGCUUCACCUCCUAAACUUGAUGUGGUUAGCAAGGAGCCAUUAAUUGAAUCCUCCGAAAACGCACAUUCUGACAAUGUAUGACUGACGCACAUUCAUUUUCGAACACUCUCCAGCUGUAAAACAGGUUCUGUAUCGCGACAUUUUAUUAUUGUUAAAUUGGACUUAGCAUCUAUUCCUGUUGAGAUGUAAUUAAAUUCCACGGUAGAGGUUGGAUGGAGUCCCUCCUCCCCCAUGCUUCUGGCUGCUGAAUAAAAAAAGGUUAUUAA